CUCGCCCAUCCCAUCCCGUCCCUCAGCCAUGGAGCGGCCCCGACGCUCUGCACGUGCGCCGCCGCCGCGCUCGCUCAGCACCUACACCACUGCCUCGCCGUCCGCCGGCGGCGCACACGCCGGCGGCUCCGGCACCUCGUCGCCCGCGCCCUCGCGCUCGCUGCUCUCCCAUCUGCAGGCCAGCGGCAGCGGCACGCACCCAGGCACGCCCAGCAGCAGCGGCGCCGGCGGCUCCUCACUGCCGCGGCCAUCACGGCCACUGCCCUCGCGCGCCGCACAGGCACCCGGCGCCGCCCCGCUCUCGCUCGCCGGCCCGCCGGCCAAGCAGUCGGCCUUCGCCAGCCGCAUCGCCGCCGGCUGCACGACGCUCCUGCGCCCGCUGCCCGCAGAGUUCCGCGAGGGCCAGGGCGCCACCAGCACCCGCGCGCGCCCGACCUACCGCGACCACGACGAGAGUGGCGACAGCGAGGAGAGCGACGAGGAGGUCGCUGGGGCGGGCAGGGACGAGGGCGGCGCCGUGGCUGAGGGCGACUGCCUCGGUCAGCCGUGUCCGCCGGAGAAGGUGCGGCUCGUCAAGCCGAAGCGCAACCGGCUCAAGUACACACACGAGGCGGACCUCGCUGCCCAGGCAUCACGGCGAGAGAUUCUCGUGCCCAUCACGCUCGAGAUCGAGACGCCGCGCGCGCGCAUCUCGGACGUCGUGACGUGGAACCUGCGCGAGCGGCACAUUACGCCGCUGCAGUUUGCGCGCACCUUUGUCGCCGACCUCAACCUGGAGAGCAAGUAUGCCAGCGAGUUGGCGGCGUCGAUCGUCGCGCAGCUCGAGGAUGCUGUGCAGGUCAACGUGGCGUGGGAGGAGGAUGUGCGUCCGUGGGACGAGGAGGGAGAGGACAGCGAUGAGGAUGAGGAUGGAGAGCCAGAGGUGGAGGAUGACUUGCGCGUCGCCGUCGCUUACGAGACGCCCAUCCUCUCCUCGCACCUCUCCGACCGGCUCGAGUGGGACCUCGCCUCGCGCCUCACGCCGGAGGAGUUCGCGCGCGGCGUAGCGCGCGAUCUCGGUCUCACAGGCGAGGCGCUGCCGCUCAUCUCCAACGCCGUGCGCGAGCAGAUCAUGCGGCAUCGACGCAGUGCGCUCGAGCUCCAGCUGCUCGGCUCGGGUCGUCAGUGGGCCGAGGGCGUGCGCAUGCUCGAAGAUGCCGGGCGGCUGGAGCGAGGAGAGAUCGUCGAUCUGCCAGACGACACUGUCGACGCGCAGGGCGAGACGCAGGAGCCGCUGGAUCCGGUGCGCCGCGCGGCGCAGCUGCGCUACGAGGGCCACGCCAUCCUCAACGACCUGGCGUUCAGAGGGCCAAAGCCGCUCGAGGGCGUCUGGCGCGAGUUCGGUGCGCCUUUCGGGCCCGUGCUGCAGGAGCUCAACACCGAGGAGCGCGAGCGCAGCUUCGUCGAAUACAUGCGGGAGCUCAGACGCGCACGCCGGACAACAGGUGGCACUCGCAGCCGCAGGCGCUAGACGGGCCGCUCUUCACGCUCAGACACUGUGUUCUCCGUAUGCAAGACAUGACUAUUGGGCACCACGUCUCAUCCUCCAUCGCCCGGACCAGCC